AUGGUGGAUGGGCUGCUCCUCGAGCACCGCCAGACCGGCGGCGACAGCACAGCGCCGCUCGCGCUGCCACCGCCAGGCGAGGCGAGCGGAAGCGGCGAGCCAGAGGCGCGCCUCCGCGAGGCGGGCGCGGAAGAGGCGACCGAAGAGGGUGCAUCCGACCGAGGAUCGGGCCUCCUCGCGCGCGGCCGCGGCGAGGCGGACGGGGAGGGCGAGCUGCUCCAUCUCCGCGCGUGCUACAUCUGCAAGGUGUGGUACCGGCGGCUGCACCACCUGUACGGCUCCCUCUGCCCCGGCUGCGCGGCGCUCAACGAGGCGAAGCGGCUGCAGACCGCCGACCUGCGAGGCCGCGUCGUGCUGCUCACUGGCGCGCGCGUCAAGAUUGGCUUUCAGGCGGCGCUCAAGCUGCUGCGGUGCGGCGCGCGCGUCCUGGCGACGACCCGCUUCCCGGUGGAUGCGGCGGCGCGCUUCGCGGCGCUGCCCGACUUUGACCGCUGGUCGGCCAACCUGCAGAUCUUCGGGCUCGACUUGCGCGACCUCGAGGCGCUCGAGCGCUUUUGCGCCUUUCUGGACGCCACCGAGGCGCACCUGUCCGACAUCGUCAACAACGCGUGCCAGACAAUCCGCAGGCCGGCGCAGUACUACCGCCACCUGAUCGAGAAGGAGCUGGCGCCGCACGAGGCUCCCGCCGACCACCGCCGCUGCCUGGCCCUCCACGAAGCUUGCUUUGGCGCCGCCGCCGCCCUCGCUGUGCCCGCCACGAAGCAGCUACUCGCGCCGCUGGCGGCGCCGCCGCAGCGCUCGCAGGGCGAGCUGUCGCAAGGCGAGGCGGCGGCGCUGUUUCCGGCGGGGGCGCACGACGUGAAUGGGCAGCAGCUGGACCUGCGGACGACCAACAGCUGGCUGCUCCGCUUGGGGCAGGUGCGAACCGGCGAGGUGCUCGCAAUCAACACCCUCGCGCCCUUCAUCCUCAACAGCCGGCUCCGCGCGCUGUUGCAGCGCUCGCCCGUCGCCGCGCGGCAGGUCGUCAACGUGUCUGCGAUGGAGGGCAAGUUUUACCGGUACAAGACGGCCAACCACCCGCACACCAACAUGGCCAAGGCGGCGCUCAACAUGAUGACGCGAACCUGCGCCGAGGAGCUCGCCGCGAACGGCGUCUACAUGAACUCGAUCGACACCGGCUGGAUCAACGACGAGAACCCGCUGCAGCGUGCGGCGCGCACGGCCGAGAAGCACCACUUCCAGACGCCGCUCGACGAGGUUGACGCCGCGGCGCGCAUCCUCGACCCGAUCCUCUCGGCGGCCAACGGCGAGCCGCCCGUGUACGGCCGCUUCGUGAAGGACUACCAGCCGUGCGAAUGGUGA